AUGUCCUCAGGCGAGAGCCCUGAAGCUCGCGAGCUCAGCUUGGUCUCCAAAGUGGAGCUCCGAAUUGCCCUGGCCGACUCAGACGAGAAGCUCCAAAAGCUGCUCCAGACAUAUCUAGCCCCCUUACUCCUAAAACUAGCAUCAGAGCAUCUAGCCGUGCGCAACAAGGUCAUCGCAAUCUGUCAACAUAUCAAUUUGAGGAUAAAGCCGCAAUCAAUACAGCUACCCGUUACCGCGCUGUUGAAGCAGUUCAAGGAACAGAGCUCGCAGUUAAUCAGACAUUUUGAUCUGAUUUAUAUUCAGCAGGGAAUCGAUCGACUUGAUGCGUCGGCACGAGUAGAGCUGUUACCUGCUGCGUUGCAGGGUAUUGCUGAGCUUGAUGUUACAUCCGCCCAGACAGCGAGUGUGUUUAAUCUGAUUUUGAGGUUGUUGCCUUUGUUACGGCUGCCGCCAAAGGAUAGUCCCGAGGAUCAGAAAUUGGGCGAGAAGCUUUCUCUUUCAAAGGCAGAUACGCGAUCUUUGGCCUUUUGGUUGGGAAAAUUGCUGCUUCUGUCGCAAGCAGCGAAAGACGCUCGUACAUGUCCCGGGCUGUCUCCGUCAGAGUACACAUUUCUCAACAAAUCGGCCACUUACGAAGAAACUUGGAAUCCUACUGUGCAAGGCGGGCUGAAUCUGACAGAGACGAAAUAUUUCGUCGCAAAGUUCCUUGCGAGCGGCGCUUUCGACAAUUCAGAUCGAUUUUUACCAGCUGUCAUACUCUCCGCUGACUCUAACUCUCGCCUCUCAGACAUUGGCGACGAUAUUCUGAAGCGAUUCAACCCCGACCUCGAAGAUGCUGAGGUUGUUGAACAGUUGUAUAAGCUCUACUUCGGAACUACAGGAAGCGAUGCGGCUCUUUCUGCACGUAUCCCGCUUCAGGUCAAGAUCCUGAGCUUUCUUGGUAAAUCCGUGAAAGCAACCACAUACACCGGCGAGAUUAGCAAGCUACUCGACGAAGGCUUGUUUUCGUCUAUUGCCCAAUCUGCGCAGGGUCUGCAGGCCUCCAAGCUAAGGUCUCAGAUUUUCAUGUUCAUCACCUGGGUUGUUCGUAUGGGCGCGCCGUCUGAUUUGAAGGUUAUUGCGCCAAAUGCUGUUGUUGGAUUACGUCAAUUUGUCGAGUCGCAGGGGUGGCCAGAUCCAGGUGCUAGUGGUCAAAGAUUGUCUCAGACGGAUGUCGGUCUACGAGGAUUGGCAUAUGAAAGUAUCGGCGUGUUGUCUCCAAAAAUUGUGUCAGGUGGCGGCGUAGACUACAUUGAUAUGGAUCUUCUACGAUGGCUCUUUAGCUCACUUGCUUCGGACGCCUCGGCUGCAGAGAUAUACGUUAGCAUAGAGCAAGCAUUGGGCAGUAUUCUGAAUUCUUGCACCGGAAACCUUCCUGAAGGCGUACAGUCUGAGCUUGGAAACUUUCUCGAAUUCCAGAUGCAGAGCCAACCCGGCACGGAUUCUUCGUUGACUGGUUACCCUAUCGUUCGCAGUACGCACUAUACUGCUGUACGAUAUGCCAAUCGGUGUCUACCCUAUUGGGACCUCACUGCUCGAUGGAUCGAUCUUCUUGCUAUUGCUAAUACGUCACAAGCAACAAGAGAGGUCAUUGAAGAAGGAAAGAAGGGUCUCCAUCCGUACUGGUAUCGAAUGCUCAACCCUGUCAGGGGUGCACCAUCUUCAACAAAGUUGGAGGAUUUACCACAAUACAAGUUCCCCAGCUUUCAGCAAGCAGCACAAUUGCUGGUGAAACUAGGUGAUUCAGACCCAUCAAAAAGCGAUUCACGCGGUGUUAUUGCACCAGCAGUUCGCUUCUGCAAAAAUCUACUAGUCUGGGAAGCAUUAUCAAAGACGCAAGCACCUAUUGACAUAGACCAAGAAUGGGAGUAUAAACUCGAGACCCUCCUUCGAUCCGACGCGCAAAUGAGACACGGCGUUAGGGAUAUUAUCUCUCAACAAUCUAAUUCGGUGAUGACGACAUGGCUGAAUAGUGCUCUAACCGGUGUCAUUCGAUCAACCGGACUCCAAAGCAGCGACUGCGGUCGAGACUUUCUUGACAUCGGCUCAUUGACUUCGAACCAAGACAUAGCAACAGUUACAUCCAAAGCUCCAUCAAUUCUAGAGCGAAUCUACUCGACUAACGAUCAUGUACUUCAGCGCAUUGCGGCAAGGAGUUUUGGGAUUCUCGCUUCUCAUACAUCCGUCACCGAGACCGAUUGUCAACAUGUAUUCUCUGAAUUAUUCAAUACAAGCACAGGAUGGAAAGGUGCUGUCGGUGAAGCAGCCAAUAAAGUCCGAGGAGCUGUUCUUGCUGCAUCGUAUCUGCUUAGUCGAUUGGCAUAUCGUAGAAGAUUGAGUGUCAUUCCUGAAGCACAAAUCGAACAAUAUAUCGCGCUCGUCAUUGUGAUACUGGAUCAAUCAAGAGACUCACAACUUUCUGAGGCUGUGCAAGUGACUAUUGGCCAACUAGCGCUCGCACAAGUACUCAAUUACGGCAAAUUAUCCGAGGCUGGUAGUUGGAAGACUAUCCAGUCUAAGCUUGAAGAACAGGCUAAGAAAGAGCAGGAAAAUGCAAUUCACGCAUUAGGUCAGUUGUCAUUGGUUGUGCUACGUGAUGGGGGUGAAGAUCAAGCGGCGUUUAAUGAAAUCAUGACAUCGCUGCAUGGAUUGCAUGAAAUUCGCAAACCAGAAGUCCAGUUCCCAGUCGGAGAGUCUUUGAGUACUGCUGCUGCAGGAUGGGCAUCAAAGUCAUUGAUCGGUGAAUUUGACGUGGACGAGACUCCAUUGGAUGCAAAGAUCCCAGCAACUAUCCUUUCAGAGCUGGCUGAUAAGCUAAUCACAGAUUGCAAGGCUUCCAAGCCUUCGCUACGAAAGGCAUCCGCUAUCUGGGCGCUCUGUCUCGUUAAAGAUUGCGGAGAGCUUGAAGGAGUGCAACAACGGCUUCGGGCAUUCCAGGCUGCGUUCGCUGGUCUCCUGGCUGAUCGGGAUGAGGUUGUACAAGAAACAGGCUCGAGAGGAUUGAGUCUGGUGUAUGAAAUGGGUGACCAGGAUUUGCGAGACGAUCUCGUGCGCGAUCUGGUUGGCUCUUUCACUGGCAAUGGUGCCAACAUGGGAGGCAAAGUUACAGGCGACACGGAGCUUUUCGAGCCCGGUGCUCUUCCGACUGGUGAAGGGAAAUCAGUCACUACGUACAAGGACAUCAUGAAUCUGGCAUCUGAAGUUGGUGACCCAAGUCUCGUUUAUCGAUUCAUGUCCUUGGCGUCAAACAAUGCAAUCUGGUCAAGCCGAGCAGCAUUUGGCAGAAACCCGAAGAUUUAUCCCAAGUUGUAUCGGUACCGAUUUGACCCAAAUCCGAAUGUGCAAAGGUCAAUGAACGACAUUUGGCAAGCGCUUGUCAAGGAUUCUACAGCUCUGCUAGAUAUCCAAUUCGAUGCAAUCAUGGAUGAUUUGUUGUCCAGUAUCAUCGCGGGAAGAGAGUGGCGAGUUCGUCAAGCUAGCUGUGCUGCUAUUGCAGAUCUGUUACAAGGACGCUCGAUUGAAAAGUACGACAAGUAUCUCAAUGAGAUUCUAAGCAAAGCCUUCAAGGUCAUGGAUGACAUCAAGGAGUCUGUACGUACAGCAGCUUUGCGGCUUUGCCAAGUCAUUACGAAUAUCUUGAUUCGCACCCUCGAAGUCGGAGAUACAGACUCGAAACGAGCAAAGACUAUGCUAGGACAUAUCAUCCCAUUCCUUCUAGGUCAAGACGGUAUGGAGUCAAGUGCACAAGAGGUACAAGGUUAUGCGAUAUCGACAUUGGUACAGAUCAUCAAGAAGAGUCCAAGUGGUCUUCUACGUCCAUUCAUGGCUCAUAUAUUGGAGAAGUUCCUAUCUUCCCUAAGUUCUCUUGAACCUCAGGCGGUGAACUACGUCCAUCUGAAUGCAGACAAAUACGGACUUACCGGACAGGAGAUUGAUAAAAUGCGUCUAUCGAGUAUUCGAAUGUCCCCGAUGAUGGAAAGCAUUGAACGAUAUCUUCUAGACGGUCUGGAUGAAACUGCUAUGAAAGAGGUUGCCGCCAGAUUAGAGGUAGUUCUACGCACUGCUGUGGGCUUGCCCUCGAAGGUCGGGUGUAGCAGAGUCCUAGCUCUCCUAAGCGGAAAGCAACUCCUGUUUGGUCCUUAUGCCGACAGAUUUAUACAACUAUUGACUAAGCACGUUCUUGACCGCAACGAGACAGUCAGUGUUUCGUACAGUGCCUCUAUCGGAUAUAUGAUCCGAUUGGCAAGUGACGAGCGCGUGCUAGAGACCAUUGCUUUCACCAAAUCACUAUAUUUCAAUUCGGAGGAGACUUCUCAGCGGACAGUCGCCGGAGAAAUUCUACAUUCCAUGUCGAAGCUGUCAAGUGAUAGGUUUGCAAACUUCGCUACGGCAGCCCUACCAUUUGUGUUUGUCGCCAAACAAGACAUUGAUGAACAAACUCGCGAGAUAUUCGAAAAGACCUGGCAAGACAACGUCGGUGGACCUCGUGCAGUCGCUUUGUACCUAAAAGAAAUCACAGCAAUUAUAUCCGAGCGGCUAGAAUCGUCCAAUUGGACCAUUAAACACAGUGCCUGCCUUGCGACAGCUGACGUGGUCAUCAGUCUCGGGAAAUCCCUCGAUCAAUCAACAGCAGAAAUCGUCUGGCCGAUUCUAGAAAAGGCCGUGAAUGGGAAAACGUGGGACGGUAAGGAGAAGGUUUUGAAAGCUUUUGUCAAAUUCGUGGAAAACUCGCGGACCUUUUGGCAAUCCAGGGGAGACGUCAGCCAACAAAUGAAAGUGAUUAUUCUCAGAGAAGCCAAGCGAAAUAACGUGGCGUAUCGCCCACACGCACUAAAUGCGUUGGCAGAUUUCGCAGAGAUCCGGCGACCUGAUUUGGACCUCCUUUCGGACGCCAUCAUGAUUGUUGAGCCAAUUAUUGCCGACCUCGAUGAUAGCGACAAUGUCAAGAUGGAUAUCGAUGGGGACCACUCUUCCAAAGCCCUGGAGAAUGAGACGUUAGCAGCAUGUACCAGGUGUUUGAUCCGGUGCAUAAACCCCACAGUUAAAGUGCCUGCAUCUGAUCAGCUGAAGUUCGUCAUCAAGUGUGUCGAACAAUGCCUACAGGGGAACAGGCGACAAGUGAUGGACAACCUCUACACCGGUUUACAGGGCGUCUUUGAUAGGAUAGGGGAUGAAUUAUCCGGAGAGAAACAAACAGUGGACCGCCCGGCGCUACAAGAACGAUUACAAAUGUUGGGUGAUGGCCUCCUAUUCGCUGAGAUCGACCCGUCUAUCGAAAGCCUUCGUCUCAAGCGUGCCCGAGCAGCAGAAAAAUUCAUCAAAGUGGCUUCUCAGGGGACAGCGGCUGCACAGGCCACUAGCGAAGCGGGCGCGGGGGUCCUGAGUGACAGACAACGACAACGCAUGGAGCUGUGGCUGGCGCAAGAGCGAGCUGAAUCAAUCCAGCAGAUUCUUAAAUCUGCCCUACGAGAGCUGUGA